AUGGAUUCUGGAGAAAAACGUCUCAAUGAGCUUGGAUACAAGCAAGAACUCAGAAGGGAAAUGACUCUGUUCAAGACAAUGGCAAUAACAUUUUCAUGCAUAUCUGCAUUCAGUGGGACACCUCUGUAUGGCCAAAGCUUGCGUUAUGCAGGUCCUGCAACCUUAGUAUGGGGGUGGGUUGUUGUUAGUUUCUUCACUUGGUUUGUUGCAAUCGCCAUGGCGGAGAUUUGCUCCUCUUUCCCGGCAUAUUCUGGAUCACAAGCAUUGCAGAUGAUCAUUCUUUUAGCCACAGGAACAAACAAGGGUGGAGGCUAUUUUGCAUCUAAGGGGCCACGUCGUCCAAGCAUGGGGUUUUAUCUCAUAAGGCCAUCCGUUUACGGACACUGUCUCUUCUCCAAUGUAGUUGGUGGCUUGCUUGUGAUUGUUAUGCUUCCUCUGGUGGCCCAGUCAACACAGCCAGCUUCUUAUGUGUUCACUCACUUUGAAACAUCUCCUGAGUCAACUGGAGUCUCUAGCAUACCUUAUGCAGUGAUUUUAUCAGUGCUUCUGAGCAUAUACUCUCUAUUCGGCUACGACGCUGCAGCUCAUCUUACUGAGGAGACAAAAGGCGCAGACAGAACUGGUCCAAAAGCUAUUCUAUCUAGUCUUGGUAUCAUAUCAGUUUUUGGCUGGGCUUAUUACUUGUCUCUAACUUUCAGCAUCAGGGAUCUGGAGUAUUUAUACAAUGCAGACAAUGAGACUGCUGGUGCACUUGUACCAGCACAGAUUAUAUAUGAUGCAUUCUAUGGGAGGUUCCAAAAUUCAACUGGAGCUGUGGUUUUCCUGUGUAUCAUCUGGGGUUCCUACUUCUUUUGUGGCUUGUCUACUACCACCACCGCUGCCCGAGUAGUUUAUGCUCUAUCAAGGGAUAACGGUAUCCCAUUUUCACCAAUCUGGAGGAAAUUGCACCCGAGGACCAAGGUUCCAACAAAUGCAGUGUGGCUUUGCGCAGCCAUUGGUUUGCUGCUUGGACUGCCCAUCUUGAAACUUGAUGUAGUAUUCACAGCCUUCAUUUCAGUUAGUACAAUUGGCUGGGUGGGUAGUUAUGCAGUGCCAAUUUUUGCUAGGCUGGUGAUGGCUGAAGAGAACUUCAAACCAGGACCCUUUUAUUUGGGUAGAGCAAGCAGGCCAGUUUGCUUGGUGGCCUUCCUGUGGAUAUGCUAUGCCUGUUCAGCCUUUCUAUUGCCAACUUUCUACCCUCUUGGAUGGAAAACCUUCAAUUAUGCACCAGUAGCUGUCAGUGUUGUUUUGACAGUGGUAAUGCUUUGGUGGGCUUUGGAUGCAAGGAAUUGGUUCAAGGGACCUGUAAGAAACAUUGAUGUACAAAACGAAAACUAUUAG